UCCUUUAAUACAAAGUGAGCGCGUAUGAACGUAUGGAAAUCUUUUGAGAAGCAUCUGAAAAAAACAUGUAAAGUGAUCUAAAUCUCUGGUACAGACGAAAACAAGAUUUAUUUGGUGAUAGUGAUUUCGGUUUCUCAUAAACAAAAGUGCAAUAGUGCUCUUUAUUACUGUGUUUUCUAAUUUGGUUCUUUCUAUUUACUUAAAAGUGUUUUACAAAGAUAAUUCCAUUGUUAUGAGAAGUGCGAACAAGAAUAUAUUUUGUAUGCCUUUGGAAAUUCAACAUAUAAAUGAGUAAACUGCUACGCUAAAGUUUUAUACCCGUCAAAAUGCCUUCACUUCUAGAAGCAUUGGAGCGGAAAUAUGGUGCAAAAGGUGAAGUCAACCCGCCUUUAGACGAUAUGCCAGUAGCCAUCUUCGUACCAAAACGUUCGCCUAGGCUCAGCGUACCGACUCUUCUAGUGUUGAACGACUGCGACAUAGAUUGCGCCGGAGACUCUAGUGCCUUGGCUGAUAAAUGUGCUGACGUGGUUGAACUAGAUCUUGCCCAUAAUAAACUAAGAGAUUGGAAAGAGGUAUUCGCGGUAUUGGAACAGACGCCGCGUGUCCGAUUUCUGAAUUUAAGCUUCAAUCGCCUUUCCGCACAACUUCAAGCUGCGCAGGCACUUCAACCGCGCUGGGAUAGUCUCAGCCAUCUCGUUUUGAACUCUACUUACGUACGUUGGCCGAGUGUUUUUGGUUUACUCAAGGCUCUACCAGCUCUCGAAGAGUUGCACUUGAGCCUUAAUGAGUAUUCUUAUGUAAAUUUGAGUGGAAAAGAGGUUGAGGAGAACGAUUUUUGUGAAGGAUGCACUCGCCUUAACAUAGAUGUGACAGAACCAAUACACGACCGGCUAAAGCAACUUCACUUCUCUGGGAACCCUAUCCAUAGCUGGCGAGAAGUUUCAAAGCUCGGCUAUGCUUUUCCGAAUUUGGAAUCCCUUUUGGUAAACGAGUGCCCUAUAACAACAUUGGAGCCAGAUCCGUGUGAUAAAUGCGAUGACAAUAAUGGAAACAAAAAAAGUCACGAUGCCUUCCAGCACCUACGUUUUCUAAAUUUAAACAACACGGGCUUGGCGACCUGGGACGAAGUGGAUAGGAUUGCUAAGUUUCCUGCACUGAAGAGUUUAAGAGUUCAAGGCUGGCCGCUAUGGGAGCGCUUUGAGUCUACGGAGCACGAGCGACGGUUGCUGCUAGUGGCCCGGCUACCACACGUAAGAACACUAAACGGAGGAGGGACAGUGCCACCUGAAGAACGAGACGCAGCUGAGCGUGCAUUCAUCAGAUACUACAUGGAAAAACCGGAAUCGGAUAGGCCUGACAAAUACUGGGAGCUGGUCGGAGUACACGGUAAGCUGGACCCGCUAGUGUCAGUGGAUCUGCGGCCGGAAAAACGCGUGCAGAUCACCUUCACCUGCGGAGAUACCAGCGAAGUUCGUACCGUCGACGUCUACAGGACCGUGUCCGAUCUGAAGACGAAACUUGAACGACUUGCGGGAUUCCCCGCUUCGAAAAUGCGACUCUUCUACGUCGAUCAGGAUUUAAGAGAUAUGCAAAUUGGUCCUGAGGAGAUGAGAUUCCCGACAAAGCAGCUAUAUUCUUACAACAUCAGGUCGGGCGACGAAAUCAUCAUAGUCUCUAAGCUAACACUCAAACACUCGAUUUCGGUUAAUUCAACCGCAUAAUGUCUCCGCACACUAUCAAAAAUUAAAACUACCGUCAUUUGUGUUACAAAAGAGUGGUCAACAUGAUUCAAGUAAUUUUUUGUUUGAUUUUUCUUAAAUGCUUAUAUUAAUUGCUUUUUCUUCCAAGGGUCUUGCGUACUGUGCCAAAAGGUUCUAGGGUCACACCUAGCACAAAUGAUGAGCGCAGUAAAAUGUAAUCUAUGUAAAUUUGUUGUUUAUUAACAAAAUAAUUAACCUAGCCAUAUUCACUUCUAUGUUUUUGCAUAUUAUUCGUCUGUAAGUACAUAAAAAUACUCAGACAUAUGACGGUGGUUUGAAUAAGAAGUUUUUAAUGUAUAUUUAAUAGAUUCCUGUCAAAACUAUUACGUAAUGAAAUAUUGUACCUACUAAUCUAAUACGUUUUAUUUGUAAAAUAGAGAAACUUUUAAAUCAUUAAUUGUCAAUGUGUAUUAAAAAUUAAAUUAAUUGUUGUCACAAAAAAAAAAUUCAUUAAUCAAGAACAGAAUUUUGAAUACAAAAGGUUACAAAUAAAAGUGAAUCACAGUACUAACAUAUCGGAUAAAAAAA